CCGACGAAGAAUUCCCGCCGCAACACCAAGUGUUCAUCAACUACAGAGGAGACGAGCUGCGUAAAAGCUUCCUCGGGUUUCUCGUGAAGGCCAUGAGAGACGCGAAGAUCAACGUCUUCACGGAUGAAAUCGAGGUCAAAGGUAGAGAUCUACAUAAUCUCUUCAGGAGGAUCGAGGAAUCGAAGGUAGCGGUUGCGAUCUUGUCCGAGAGGUACACCGAAUCAAGUUGGUGUUUGGAUGAACUAGCCAAGAUUAAGGAACGGAUUGACCAAGAAAAGCUCGUCGUCAUUCCCAUCUUCUAUAGAUUGGAUGCUACAAACUGUAAAAGACUAUUGGGAGCUUUUGGUGAUAAUUUUAGGAAUCUUGAGAAAGAGCAUCGAAGUGAGCCUGAGAGGAUCAAGAAAUGGAAAGAAGCUUUGAUCUCUAUUCCCCAGAAGGUUGGAUUGACUUUGGCAGGACACAGGGAUGAGUCGGAAUUGGUCGAGUCAAUCGUUAAGGAGGUGAAGAAAGUUCUAAUCGAAAUGUCAAGCAAGGAAAGAGAUUAUUUUCCGAGUUCUUCUAACAUUGCAAGAUGUUAUUUGUGAUUAUGUUGUUUGUGAAAUAUGAUUUGAGUUUUCAAAAGUUUUAGUUAGUAAGAUCUAUUUAUAUCUGUGUGUGUGUGUAUUUCAGGUCAAUCCAAAGACCACCAGACCCAAAACAACAUCAUCUCGUCUUUUGAGCCUCUAAUGUCAGAGCUAGACC